AUUUAAUUGAAUAUUAAAAAAUAAUCUAUAGCAAUGAAGGAAUCUAGUAAAAGUUCAUCCAUACCAGGUGAAAGGGAAAUUAUAUUCCGUUCCGAUGACUACAUAAAAAAAUGUAAAAUCAUUAAAUCAAAAGGUCAAGUAUUACUUGUCAGUGAUCAAAUGCAAACGGACUAUCAAAUUAUUGUCUACAAAGGAUCAUCAGGUGGUUAUGCUGUUUUUAUAACAAAAGAAGAGGCCAAAGGUGGUAGAAUCUUUGACAGAUUAUCAGAUGUUUUCGAUAAUCUCACGAGAUUCAUCAUCUAUAAAUCACGAAGUAGGAUUAUUCGUCUUUUAAAGAUGAUAGUCGACACUAGCUUAGCCCACUGGGACUGGAAAUGGAUUCAUGUGGCCGCUCACCUUGAUAUGUGUAAUGUCUUCAAUGUACCAAUUCCUGAAAGUCUGUUGAAUGAUAAUGAAAAUUUGAACCGCCAGACACCUUUAUUGAUCGCGAUCAAGGCCAACAAGAUUGAUAUGGUUAAAAUUAUUCUAACGUGUAAACCCAACUUGACUCUUGUUGAUAUCCACGAUGACACAUGUCUUCAUUUAACAGCUCUUGGACCAACCAAUUUGUUACGUUUAGUGUUAAAAGAGUGCCAUCAUUAUCAUGGAUUAUCCCUGAUUGAAAAAGCCAACAACUUGGGCCACACUCCAUUCCAUUUGGCUUGUUAUCACGAGAAGACUGCGAAUGUAAAUGAAUUUCUCAAAAUUGGUCUCUCCAUUCGCUUAUUGACUUUGGGAAAGUGUGAUAUAGAAAUAACGGGUGAAUUGUUACCAGAGCAGUCAGAUUUGGACUAUCAACCCUCAUCGAUGAGUGUACAAUCCAAGAGUGAAACAAUUGUAAUUUUCAAUAGUGAUAUGUUGAAUAAUCUGGACGUGGAUGAAUCUAAACAUGGUGGCAGUCCUUUACAUUGGUGUAAAAGGCGUAAAUUGAUGUCUCUUUUGAUUGAUUAUGGAUUUACUCUGGAUGUAGUUAAUCUUUUGAAUGAAACUCCACUUUUCUCAAUGAUUCGUAAACAAAGACUUGACUGUAUGUUACCAUUGCUCAAUGCUGGUGCAAGUGUUGAUAUCUAUGGUCCUGAGGGACAAACGCCUUUAAAUUUUGCUAUUGAAAAAGGUUUUCGAGAUUGUUUUCAAGCUUUAAUCGUCUUUGAUUGUGACUUUAAUUUUCCUAACAAGAAAAAGGCUACUCCAAGACACUUUGCAGCACAAAAUAUAUUGCCGAUUCACUCGUACAUGUUGCAUGUUCUCAAUAAAUUAGGAGCUUUGCGAUGUAACCCGAAUUUUAAUGGAUGUAAAGACGGCUGUUUGUACAAUGGAUCUUUCAAUGGUCAACCUGAUACAGAUCAACCAACCAUCAGUAAUAAACAUUUUUAUUUUGAUAGAAUCGCUAAGGUAGCCAAUCAAGAAGCUGAAACCAAAUCAUCUGAAACACCUGAUCUCUCCAAAAAAGUCAAUAUGUUGUGUAUUGACGGCGGAGGAAUGAAAGGUUUGUUUGGAAUCCAAAGUAUGAUUGAGAUUCAAAAAUUGCUGGACAAACCAUUGAUUGAUUAUUUUGAUUGGAUUGGAGCGACCUCAACUGGUGCGAUCAUUGCUUCCUCACUCAUUAUUGGCAAAUCAUUAAAACAAUUGAGAGCCGAUUACUUUGAAUUGAAAGAUGAAAUAUUUAACAGUAAAAGGCCACAUAAUACUGAAGCUUUGGAACGAGUUUUGAAAAAGUAUGUUGGAUCCGAUCGAAAGAUUUCCUCAAUCUCUUGGAAGAAGCUGAUGAUUACCUCUAUAUUGGCCGAUCGAGAUCCACCACGUCUCCAUCUAUUUCGCACUUAUAAGCCCUCGAUCGAUUUAAAUGAACCAUUCACUAUGGAAGGAGAAUCAUCAAAGUCCAUGGAUGACUUUAAUCUCUGGGAAGCAAUAAGAGCUUCAUCGGCAGCUCCAGUCUUUUUCAAGCCUUACGGUCCAUUCAUUGAUGGUGGCUUGCUCUCCAAUAAUCCGACACUCGAUUGUCUAACGGAAUUCUUUAAUUGUAAUCCAGCCAAUAGUGAAGGUUCAAACCAUGAGUCUUAUUCGGAUAAAAGAGAUGAUAGUGAAACGAUCCAACAAAAAGAAACAUUGAAUCUUGUUUUGUCUAUAGGCAAUGGUAAACCACAUCCAACAUCUGUUGUCAACUUUGAUUAUGGCAAUAUGGCUUUUCGUAGGAAUCCUGUUGGAGUUUUCAGAUCAGCCUUUAAGUAUAUAACAUUGGGUGAAUUGAUGGUUAAACUGGCAACUCAUCCAGAUAAUCAUGUUGUCCAAAGAAGCCGAGCUUGGUGUAAAUCACUAAAUGUGUCGUAUUAUCGGUUGAGUCCACCAUUAAGAGAGAAGCUUAAAUUGGAUGAAACCCAGGACGAAAAGAUUAUUGACGGAAUGCUUCAGUCAAAGAUUUAUAUUUACACAAUUAAAGAUGAAAUCACUAACCUUUUGACUAACAUUAAAGCCAGAUCAAGCUGAUAUUUGUAGCUUUUUGUUAUUUGCUAUCCCAAUAAAGUCAUACUGUAAAUUA